UUGAGUUUCAUAUGAAAAGUUUUGGCGCAUGCGCAGUGCCUGUCUUAAGAGGCACGAUGGCUGCGGACUCUCUGCUGCUGUCUCUGGUCGAAGAAUUUGUCUCCGGACUGCAGGACAUUAAGGCCAAAGACACGGCCACAGGUGUCAGAGAUGGACAGUUUACAAUCCUGCAGCUGGUGGAAGCCCUGGGACAGAGUCUGACGAGCGCUGAGCCUCACACCCGAGCCAGAGGAGUCCAGCUGCUCUCUGAGGUUUUACAGGAGUGCUACAGACAACUGACAGAGCGAGAAGUGGAGGUGCUGAUCGCCUUUUUUGAGAACCGGUUAAAGGAUCAUUACGUAAUCACGCCGCCAGUCUUACGGGGGUUGGAAGCGCUGACAAAAUGUUCGACGUUGCCUCCUGGCUCUGCUGUGUCCAUGCUCAGGUCUUUGUUCCAGGAUGUUCACGUUCAGUCUCUGAUGCUGGCAGAGAGAGCGUGUGUCUAUAACAUGCUCAUCAACCUGAUGGACAGCAGAGAGGCCGAACUGAAGGGUUUGGGGGCAGAUUUUCUGUUUGGGUUUGUCCAAUCGAUGGAUGGGGAGAGGGAUCCUCGUAACCUCCUACUUGCCUUCCGAAUAGCCACAAACAUCAUCCACCGAGGUUACGACCUAGGUAAAUUCACAGAGGAACUGUUUGAAGUGACGUCCUGCUAUUUCCCCAUCGACUUCAGCCCUCCUCCUAAUGACCCCCAUGGCAUCACUCGGGAGGAGCUCGUUCUUGCACUGAGGGCCGUCCUCGCCGGGACCCCACGAUUUGCGGAGUUUCUGUUGCCUCUCAUCGUUGAGAAACUGGACUCAGAUGUUCAGAAUGCCAAGUUGGAUUCUCUGCAGACUCUGACUGCUUCUGUGUCUGGAUACGAUCAUAAGGACUUGGCAGAAUUCCUUGGGGGACUUUGGGCGUCACUGCGCAGAGAGGUGUUUCAGGCAUCCAGCGAGAAGAUCGAGUCUGCAGGCCUCGCCGCACUUACCGCCCUCACUUCCUGUCUGUCUCGCUCAGUCCUCAGGUCUGACUCAGAGGACUCCCUCAGCACUUUCCUGGAGCUUGUCCUCAAAGACUGCAAACACCACCUGUGUGAGCCGGACAUGAAGCUUGUGUGGCCAAGUGCCAAGCUGCUGCAGGCUGCCUGUAGCGCCUCCAACAGGGCAAGUCACAUUGUAGCAGCCGCCGUCAUGCCGGACCUUAUUGAGCAGUACAGCAGCAGGACGCAGUGCGCGCACAGACGGACGUUACUGGAGGUGGUGCAGGGCUUCAUCCAGCCUGUAAAAACUCUCCAGGCUUCAGAGCUUGCUUCAGAGGAGAGUGCGUUUUUAGUGUUCCGUUCGUCUCUGUGCAGCAUGGUGUUUUCUGCUCUGUCAGAGAGCAACGCCAGUCUGCAGAUCACCGCCGCAUCGGCGCUCACAUCACUCUCACAACAAACAGGUUUGCUGAUGGACUCUGAUGUUGAUCUGGCUGUAGAUCAUCUGACCAAACUCUUACUGACGGAGGGGGAUGACCAAGUCAGUGUGGCGGCGGUGGAGUGCGCCGGAGCUUUAGCGCAGCGGCAUCCAGCAGCAUUUAUCAUGAAAAUGAUUCCCAAGCUGCGGGAGGAGAUGUUUCUAGAGCCCAUAGAGCAAGGCAGCAACACAACACUUUCAGAGCACCUCUCCCAUCAUGCAGUUCGUCAGCGGUGUUUCUCAGCUCUGGCUGCAGUAUCCACCCCACCCGGCGUGGUCCAGGCGAGCACCCCGGUCCUGUUGGAGGUCCUGCGUUCAGCACACACGGGUGCUGUUGGUUUUUCGGUGGAGGAGGUGGUGUCAGCGUGCCGCAGCCUCCAGAGGAUAGCGGAGCAGAUUGAGGACACGGAGGAGACAGGACGCUGCUUCCAUGAUGUCAUCAUCCCGCACCUGCUGUCUUUGGCCCUUCAGGCGGCCCUGCAGGUUGAGGGGUCGUCUGGGCAUCCUAGUCCUCUGGUGGAGCAGGAGGUCCUGUCUGCAAUGGUCCCAAUCAUAAGCACAUCCUGUUCCAGGCUGCAGGCCAUGAUGGCGGGUGAGACGGCAUCCCGGGCUGUCUCUCUCUUUCUGGAUGGUGACGUGUCCUUUUUACCUGACAACUCCUUCCCUUCACACAUUCAGCUGCUGAAGCAGGGGGCGUCAUGGAGCCAGUCUCAGAUGGUGUGUCUGCUUAUGGGCUGCAUCUGUUCACUACCUCAGAGUGUGGAAGUGCCGCAUAUAGAGCAGCUCCUGUCCACUUUGGAGGACAUGAGCUGCAUGUGCACUCACCCGCAGUCUUACACGGCUGCCGCCAAGUGCUUUUCCGGCCUCGUCAACAAGAGGCCGCAGGGUGAAUAUCUGGACAGUGUAAUUCAAAAGAUGAUGAAGCGGGUGUGUCACGAGCUGGACGCCAUGUCGUCUCCUGUGCGGACUCAGGCCGUCAUGCUCCUGAUAUGGGUUGCCAGAGCUCUGCUCAUCAGGUAUCACCCUCUGUCCACCACCCUGACCGACAAGCUUUUCUCUCUGCUCGACGAUGCCGAUCUGGGCUCCACGGCAGCGGAUGGAUUCUUGUUGCUGAUGAGUGACUCCACCGACGUCUUGAACCGCCGUUGCCAUGCAGUGGUGCAGAUCAUGUACCGCCAGCGAUUCUUCAGCGAGAAUUCAGCCAAGCUGGUCCGAGGCUUCAAUGCUGCUCAAGACAAGAAGCCCAACUACCUGAAGGCUCUGUCCAACAUCGUCAGCAAACUGCCCAAACAGGUCCAGGUCACUGAACUACCCGCGCUCCUGCUGCUGUUGCUGGAGGCCUUGUCUUUCCCGGACCAGAGUGUCCAGCUGUCCACUUUAUCCUGUCUGAAGCCCGUCCUCAUUGACCCGCCGCCAGCUCUCAUACAGCAGCUGGAGGCUUUGGUCAACAGGCUGCUGGGCCUGAUUUCUAGUCCAGCAAUGGAUGUAAGGAUUGCUUCCUUGCAGUGCAUCCAUACUCUUUCCUGCUUCCCAGUCCAUGAGAUCUUGCCGUUUCGGGCUCGAGUGCUUCGAGCUCUGGCUUGUCCCCUCGACGACAAGAAGAGGCUGGUGAGGAAGGAGGCGGUUCAGACGCGAGCAGAAUGGUUCCUUGUUGGAAGUCCCGGUGGAAGGUGAUUUUCUGCCUCAGCCGCCCUUCACAUCCUGCCGUCUUGUGUAAACCUGAAAGGUGAUGAAUGUGUGAAAUCCGAACUCCAGACCCAGGUUCUGACUGUGAAACCUGUGUUGUCCCUCCCACAGAUGCCUCAACUUCCUACUCAAGCUUCAUCUUUUUAUACUGUUUCCUCUGCCUUUCUUCCAACUUUCCAUGAGUUUAAAAAAAAAAUGAAGGAAAAAAAAAAAAAGCUUGGCACUGGAGGUGUCACUCUGUGACGUCUCAUGUUUCACUAUCAGACAAAAAGUCACACGGUAUAAAAGAUGUUUUGGUCAUUUACCUUUUUGCCACAAUUGUAUUGAUGCUUCACACCUCAGAUGAUUUUAUUUAUUCCUGCACUUUGAGUUUGUGAUCAGAAGUGACGGCAGAUGCUUUUUUUUUUUUUUUUUUUUUUUUGAGCAGCCAUUCAAAAUCUGCUCCUCUGAUAGCGGCACGUCUGAAUGUGUCGCGGGUGUGUUUGAUUUGUGCUACUGUGUGGGCCUGAAAAUGUGACGGUGCCUGUUUUCUGAUGGCUUACAGCGUGAUGAUGCGUCUGGAGCGUCGCGCCUUCAGUGAGAUUAUAAAAGUAAUUUUACGUAACGUUAUCAUUCAAAUGGCCUAAGAUUGUAAUUAUGUGGACAAACUGUUCAGUUCCUGCCUUGUGUUCACCUGUUAUUGAAAUGAUUGUUGAUGCAUUUCAGGAAAGUUGGAUGAACUUAAUACUACAAUUUAUGCCAAGAACAUAGACAAUAUUUAAAAUUUACACUUGAGAUGUCAUUAAAGGUUUUCUUUUAAUUA